AUUUACUUAGCUGCUGCUGCUCCUCCUCCUCCUCCUUCUCCAGAGUUUAGGGCUCAUAAGAAUCUAAAAAUCUUCGCAGCCCUGACAAGUGACAAGAACAACUCCAGAGUUUUCCUCCUCCUUCAUCACUUGUUAGAUAUGACAACAAGGAGAGAACUUGUUUUCAAAACGUAUGCGUGUUAAUGCUUCCAAUGUCAGUUUGUUACCAGUGCUGUUCUCAUCCCUCAGGACUUGCUGGAAGAAAUAAUCCCCAAUCAACUACAUAAUAUUAAUCUAAGAUCAAGACUGGAACGCGUAUCGCAGUGGAAGUCUGAUACUCUGAUAAAACAAACAGCAACGGAGGGAAGUGGCCACGCCUGAUAGGAAAGCACAUCAGAUAGUGCUUGCAUCCCUUCUUAUUCUGAGCCUCUGAAAGAAGUGUUAACGGUGACUUGUGAGUGAUGGAUGGCUUCUAUAGGAUUAAGCGAGAAGGAUUUCCUGAAGAUCUCGCAGACUUUGGCUAUGAGUUUGACAAAGAGGGCAAGCUUCGAAACAUUGAAACCGGAGAAGGAUUCAAAUAUAGUGCGAGGUUUAAGGACCACUACUAUAAUGAGAAGCAUUAUGAAGCAUUAGCAGACGCGAUGACUAUAGAGGUAUACAAAAUGCUGGAGUCAGAGUGCAAGCUAAAGAGAGCUCCUGUGCCUUACGAUGUAAAAGGGGAUGAAGAGAGGACCUUUAUAUUUCACUCAGAGGAUGCAUUUACCAAUCCUGACAAGCUGCUGGUGCUGAUGCAUGGCAGUGGUUAUGUGAAGGCUGGCCAGUGGAGUCGGAGGUUAAUCAUCAAUGACUCCCUGAAGUCUGGAUCACAGAUUCCAUUCAUCCAGGAGGCUCAGAAGGAAGGUUACGGUGUCGUGGUCACCAACACCAAUGACAACCAUCACCACGAGUUGGGCUUAGUUAGGGGCAGUGAGCAUCCAGAAGCUCAUAUACUUCACGUGUGGAAGCACUACAUUUAUCCUGCCAAGGCAAAGCACAUUGCCUUCAUUGUACACAGCAACGGCGGGCGUUUAGUGUCCUUAUUGUACCCACAGGUCGAAGAACAGUUCAACGGGAGAGUAUUUGCUGUGGCUAUGACUGAUUCUAACCACUACUUUGAACGCCACGCCCGCUACGUGGGUCUGCAAAAGGUGUCCCGGAACUGGGCGUGCAACAGGAGGCCUCUAGACACACCUCUCAGGACAAAUAAUGGUGACGUCGUUCGGGUGUCGGCAGGUACCAAAGUCCAUGAGGAGACAUCCUGGCUCUGCUUUAACAGCAUCUUCAAGUACCUGAGAGAGAGACUGGCUGCAGUAAAGGCCAAAGAGGGAGAAGGAGAGGGCACUUCUGAAGCUACAAACAAGGAGAGCUGUGGGAAUGGAGACAAAGGAGGAGGAAGCUGUUUGGUUGAGGAGGAACUAAAGGGGGAGGUUAAGAAAAUGAAGACUUAAUGGAAGGUACUCAUGGGUAAUGGUUGGUAGAUGGGUGAAGUAAAUGUAGAUGAUAUAAAAAGGAUGGGAAGAAAAAAAAAAGUUAUUUUUGAGGUAAAAGGGGAGGUUAAGAAAAUGAGGAAGGAUACUUAAUGGGAGGUAUUGAUGGAUAUUAAUUGGUAAAUGGGUAAAGGAGUAAUGCAGAUGCUAUAAAAAGGAUGGGAAGAAGAAAAAGGGGCAUUAUUUUUUUCACUUGCAUUACAGUUUGCCUAAAAUUUGGCUGUGAUUUGUAGUGGGAAGUAGAUCCAUUGUUUUGUUGUCUGAUUUAUGAAUAGUGAUGCACCUUUGUACUACUGAAUCACUGUUACUUGGUGCUUGUGUGGACCUCUCUAUGUGUUGGGGAUUUUUGGAGUGUGAAUGGUAAGUAAAGUUGCAGAAUUAUGGGUUUCUGUUCUGCUUUUAUUUUUGUAUCUUUCAAUUUUUAUUAUUUUAGUUAAGUCUUUAUUUCUAUCUUCGUUCUAUCUUUCUUCCUGUCAUGUCUUUUCCUUACUUAUUUUUUUUUCUCUCUCUUUUCUCUCUCAUUUUGUCCUUUUUGUUGUUCCUUUGCCUCUUUCAUAUUUCCUCCACAUUACUCCUCAUCUUCCUUUCUUCUAUUCUUCUCCUUUUUAUUUCAUCUUUUUUAUCAUUCCUUUUCCCUCUUUCAUUUUCAUCUUUCCUUCUCCAUAUUUCCCUCCACCUUCCUUUAUUUUCAAUUUUUUCUUUUUCUUCAUUUCAUCAUUCUAUUGUUCCUCUUCCCUCUCAUUCAUUUCUCCACAUCUCCCUCCACCUUCCUUCUAUAUUUCUCCUCUUUCCUUCAUUUCAUCUUUCUAUCAUUCCUUUUCCCUUUCAUUACUAUUCUCUUCUCCACAUCUUCCUCCACUUACCUUUCCUCUAUUUUUCUCUUUUCUCCUUCAUUUCAUUCUCUAUCAUUCCUUUUCCCUCUCAUUUAUACCUUUCUCUCCUCCAUAUCUCCCUUCAACCUUCUUCCUAUCUUUUGUUCAUGUGCUAUAAUCUUCCUUCUUUCCUGUUUUGGCCCUUGGUGUUCCUUAGGUCACAACACUUGCUUACUGCAGACUUAAGUGGUUGAGAUGUGGAUGGUUUUAGAGACUUAAAUUGUGGUAGUGCUGGUGAAGAAAACCUGUACUGGAAAGGCUCUGCAGUUUUUACUUACAUAAUAGUAAUUUGUUAAUUUUAAGGUGAUUUAUAGUGUUAAUUUGUGAAAGUGUGAGGUUAUUGAUGGAUAUAUGCUUCAUCUUGGCUUAUUUUGUGCUUCCAAGUUGCGUUCUUAAUUUUUUAUUCAUUUUAAAUCCAGAUAGUUUAAGGUGUUUUAUUAUAAGCAUGUAGUUGCUUAGUAAAAUGUAACAUAUUAUUGAGCAUUGAUUAGUGUUUUUAAGAUAGCUAAGCUUGUUAUUUUUAUCACAUUCAGCAACAAGAUUUUUAUUCCAGAGAUUUAAGUGCCUUGAAUUUCCUUUAUUUCAUUCCAGAAUUGUGAUUAGGUAAGGAAGUAUUGUGUUUUUUUUUUAGUCUACUCUGGUCUAAUUCAUUGUGACUUACUGUACUUUCAUUCUUUCAUUAUCUACAUUACUCAUAAACAUCAUUACUUCAUUUAUGAUACGGUAAGGAAAUAUUGUCUCUAUUAGUCUGGUCUGGUCUACUUCAUUGUGACACUGUACUUUCAGUCUUCCAUCAUCUACAUUACUCGUAAGCAUCAUUACUCUAUUAAUAGCAGUUUCAUUCACUCUGGUCUACAUCUUUACUGGCUGCUUUCAUUCUUCUAUCAUCAACUUCCCUCAUAAACUUCAUUACUUUAAUCUUAGUUUCAUUGACUCAGUGUUCUAAUCAUUUAUCUCUCCCUCAUAAAACUUAAUUUCUUUGUUAGUAGUAGUUUCAUUGAUUCAGUGUCCUAAUUAUCUCAUCCUCUUCUCCAUAAACUUCUCUAUAUUCUUAGUCUAUAUCUCAUUGUCCUAAUCUCACACACUAGACAUCUUUACAAUCCAUCUCAGUCUCUGCUCUGAACCCUCCACCAGGGCACCAUCACCUGUCAACACCAGCACACAGGGCCCACAGACAAGGCCAGCCUGUCCCUCAGUGCUCCUCUCUCCACACCUGACCUCCUUCAACUCACUCUUCCAAUAUUUUACCUCUAGUCUCUCCUUUCAUCUUUGUUUCCCUCCAACAUCCAUCUUCCAGCUCUCAGAUUUACUCACAUCCUUUCCCCUUUACUCUCACAUUUACUGCAUUAACACCUUCAGUACCAUGACACGUUUCCAUCUUCAAUCUGCUUAGUAUUUGGUGAUUUUAUACAGCUUCAGAAACUUAUAUGGGGGAAUAAGAUAGUGAAGACUGUAGCCAUUAAUCUUCUGACCUUCAUAGACCCUUCCUAAUGUCAUUAAAAUGGUCUAAUCACAACCAAGACUUAAGGUAAAAAUGUAUUCCAGUACUGGUUUAACCAAUAUAGUUCAAGAAAAUUUAA